AUGAUCACACAACGAAAAUCCGAAUUGGAGACGGGUGUGUUUGUGGAGGAAGAGAUUUUCAAACUCGGAAAGAAAAUUCAAUCCAUGACACGACAUGAUCCAAAUACCACAGAAAUACAUGCACUCAUUCAACAAUUGAAUGAACUUCAAGAAAAGGAAGAUCUUCCUCUCUCUCCGAAUGUUUAUAACAUGCUCUAUAAUUUGAAUAUCAUUGAAAUUGAAGAUUCAUUGAAUAGAAAUGACAUUCUAAAUCAUGAUGAAAAAACUCUUCGUAUGGAUCAAUUAUUUCAUUGGAUGGAAUUAAAAAUCAAUCAAGAUCAAGAGAAGAUGAUGAAUUAUUUAAUUAAACCAAAGAAAAUUUUGGAACAAGGAGAGAAGGAUGCAUUUGAACGAGUUCGAUUUGGUUCCAUUUGUUUGAGGAAAAUGAUUGAGUUUAUUGAUCCAAUUUUAUUUUCUUGGAUUUCUGAAUUUGAUUUUGCCAACUUUCGAACAUUUUUUGGAGAGUUUGUAUGUGACAGUUUCUUACCUGAAACAGAGGAUGAAAAUAUAUCGACACUACAACUGAUUUUAGAGCUCUAUUGGAAAGGACAAUACUAUACGUGUUUCUCUGUGGGAAUUACUUUUUUAGAAAGAGUGUUGGGUGACUUGCUGUUACUCGCUAAAAAGAAAUCAAAUGAUACCAGCUCAAAUGAUGUAACAAAUUUAAUUGAAAACUUUAGAGAGCUUAAAAUUAAUGAAUUGCUCAUGGUUGAAGAAAUUGAGUCAGUUCUUGGAAAAGAAUUUGUAUUUAUUUUCAAAUGUUUUUCUGGACCAUUACAAGGUCUAAAUCUUAGAAAUGUUGUUUGGCAUGGAUUUUUGGAUGCAUCCCAUUUUCCUAGAUCCUUUGCAUCCUUCCUAAUUGUAUUAAUUGUUACACUUGCAAAAAAAGAGUCUGUGAAAAACACUCUACAAAGUUCAAACCAAAUGAGAAGAUCAUUUAACGCCAUGAUGGACAUUCCACAAUUAUCAGGAAAUCCAUGUCGAAGCAAGAUUUCUAACUUUCUGUUAACUGAUGAAAAUUCACCAAAACAAGUUGAACAUCUCAUUGAUUCUAGUUACUUUAUUCCAUUAAGAAGUAAGAAGGAUUGGAAACUCUCGCUAUCAUACUAUCGUCAAGGAAAUUUCUAUUUAAGUUUUGUGUUGCUUUUUCCUCACUUGGAACAUGCAUUAAGAAGACUCUUUGCAUUUUCAAACCAAAACUUUGUGAGACUCUUUUCUGCUGAAACAGAUCAAGUGUAUACAACUUUUGAUGAGAUUUUACAUCCAAGUUUGGACUAUGAAACAAGUACAGAACUCACGGAUGGAGAGGCAGUAUCAUCAGUUUGGAAUUUUGAAUCGAGAAAUAGAGUCAUUGAGGAAAUGGGAGAAGAAUUAAUGUUAUCCCUUUUUGAUAUUCUCUUCUUUAAGGAUGGUCCAAGAAUUAGAGACAAGUUGUCACAUGGAGUUGUUGAUCCACUAACAAUCAACAAGAACAUUGUUCAUUUAUGUGAACAAGUCAUUACUAUUGCAUUAUGUAUGGUCCAUAGAUAUUCUAUUGUUUCAUUGCCAUGUUGUAACAAUCAUGAAAGUGACAAGACCACAUUAUUCGAUUACCUGCAUGAAGCAUCGUCUAAAUUUACAUUUCAAAUCUAUCAUCCCCAAAUGAGUCUACUCAAUGAAUUUGAAACAACAGUGAACAAGUUUAAAACAUUUUCAGAGAAUACUCUUUCCAAGGCGUGGGAGUAUAAAUUUGCAAAUAACUUGACAAAACAUCUCUUUGUGAAAUAUCCUCUUGAAAGAGGAGAGAAAAGAUUUGUAGUCCGAGAGUCUUCAGAUUUAGAGGAAUUAAUUGAAGUUUACAACAAUAAUAUGAAACAGAUCAAUCAUGAAUCGGUGGUGUAUAAUCAUCUAUAUAUUAAGAACAUACAUAUUUCUAAUAUUUUAAAGAAGAAAUCAGAGGAAUCACUUCCGAAUGCACAUAUUGACAGUUUCCUUGAUGCAUUUAAGGAUCUUUCAAAAACAACGUUUAAACCUCGACUCCCUCUUACAUUCUGUGGAAAAUGUGGCAAUACUCAAUCCAUUGAAUUCACAAAAAUCUACAGAUUGACGGAUAUUGUAAAGCAGGCUGGUCUCUAUCUUGACGAAAUCCAUGACUCCUUCACCGAGCUUGAAACAGCUGUUUUGAAUCGAACUGCUUUUGCAAGACAUCGUAAGCGCUUUGUCAAAGUCGUGGGAAAUAUGUACGAUUUUUAUUUGAACGUUAUCGCCAUCGUCAUGGCUGUGGAAUUUCUUUAUCUAAGCCCCGUGAAUAGGGAGCAUUUGGAGGAGAGAGGAAUAGUGCUUCGACUGAGCAGAGCUGCUCCAUCUGCAAUUAAGGCAACCACAUUCGAGAAAAUAGAAAAACUUAAUUUAGAAUGGAAAAUAUUGAUGGAUAAAUUAUCCCUCUCCAAAAUUUAA